CGUAACAUACCCGCCCUGUUCUCCAGAACGAGGAGUUAGGGGAAAUUAAGUUGUUUGACAACAACUAGCCAGUAGAAAUACUUUUUAGAUCACGAGAAAAUAAUUUUGCACGAUAGUGAUGAAGUUCGUUAAUAGGUGUGGUGUAUAGGGUUAGUAUAAGUAUUACACUUCCCAAAGGAUAUUUUGUAAACAUUUCGAAGUUACCUUCUGAGCUUGGGAAAGCGGUGCAUUUUUUCCCCGUUCUACAUCCAGACUCAACUCAUCACCUUCUCAUCAUGCCUUUCCCCUUCGGGAAGUCUCAGAAGAGCCCAGCAGAGAUUGUGAAGAGUCUGAAGGAGAACGUGGCUUACUUGGAAAAGCUGGAUGCGGCAGAAAGCAAAAAAUGUGAAAAGGUUGCAGAAGAGGUGUCGAAGAACCUGUCAUCUCUGAAAGAGGUGCUGUGUGGUACAGGGGACAAGGAGCCCCAAACGGAGGCAGUUGCCCAACUGGCCCAGGAGCUCUACAACACCAACCUCCUUAUUGCUCUCAUUGCAAACCUGCAAAGGAUUGAUUUUGAGGGAAAGAAGGAUGUGGUCCAGCUGUUCAGCAACAUUGUACGGCGUCAGAUUGGCACCCGUACGCCCACGGUUGAGUAUAUCUCCUCACACCCACAGAUCCUCUUCAUGCUGCUGAAAGGGUACGAGAGUGCGGAAGUGGCUCUGAACUGUGGGAUGAUGCUAAGGGAGUGCCUGCGUCAUGAGCCCCUGGCGCGCAGCGUUCUUUUCUCUGAAGACUUCUACUGCUUCUUCCGCUAUGUAGAGCUGUCCACCUUUGAUAUCGCCUCAGAUGCUUUCGCUUCAUUCAAGGAUCUUCUCACGAGACAUAAGAUUAUGUGUGCAGAUUUUCUGGAGACCAAUUAUGACAGGGUGUUUACAGAAUAUGAGAAGCUACUGCAUUCUGAGAAUUAUGUCACCAAACGGCAGUCCCUGAAGCUCCUGGGAGAGCUUCUUCUGGACAGACAUAACUUCACUGUGAUGACCAAGUACAUCAGUCGUGCAGAGAACUUGAAGAUGAUGAUGAACAUGCUACGAGACAACAGCCGCAACAUCCAGUUUGAGGCCUUCCAUGUCUUCAAGGUGUUUGUGGCCAAUCCCAACAAGACUCAGCCUGUUCUGGACAUUCUGCUGAAGAACCAGGCCAAGCUGGUGGACUUCCUGAGCCACUUCCAGACAGAUCGCUCUGAGGACGAACAGUUCUGUGAUGAGAAGAACUACCUGAUCAAGCAGAUCCGUGACCUGAAGAGGCCCCCGCCACCAGAGGAGGCGUGAGGGGACAGGCAGGGGGACGCCAGUUCAGAGGUAGAGGGUGAGAAUGAUGGUGAGAGCGAGCGAGGGAGUCAUGCUUGACUAGAAUCUAUUACUCUUCCCUUCUCUUAACUUCAAACAUUGUACAAUAUAUUUUUCCUAACUCCCUCCUCAUCCCUUUUUAAGUUUCUAAUGCUCAUGUGGGAACGGAGGUAAUUUUUAAGGCGCACACAACAAGAGUGACCCAAGAACAGUUAUUUAAACCCAAGAACAGCUAUUUCAACCAAUUCGUAUGAAUCAAUGCACUUUGUCAGAUGAUGUUAUAUUGGACCUUAAACACGCCAUUAUUCUCUUAAGCACAGUAGCACACCUGAGCAAUUUCCUGGGAAAUUAGGAUACGUGGUCAACAUAAAAACGGAAUAAACUCUUGACAAGAGGCAAAGUCUCACCAAACUUUACAGGAAAUGUAAAAUGGAUUUGCAAGCUUUUUAAAAGGCGAUGUCCUAUCUGAUAUUUUAGGACCUAGAAUUUUUAAAUCAAGAUAUUCUUUUGCUGGCGUUAUUCUAUAAUAGUUAACAUUUUAUUUUGUAACUAUCUUGAUUCUAACACCACACUUAACAAAUUCCAUAAUAUCUUGGUUUAUUGCUUUAUUUAAGAGCUCUUUCAUUGAUCUGGGACUUUUAAUAUGUGGAUGACCUUAGUGGUAUUAUUCUUUGCUUGGGAUAGACACUUGGGUUGAAGUAGGUCUUUAGUUGAUAACUAUGUAAUUAUCUUCAGUCCAGCUCCUAACAGCAUACAUAGUGACAAUAGAAAGCUCAAAGAUGCGAGUCCUCUGCAUCAGUUGUCCUAAUAGAAUCCAUCAGAGAUGGCAGUAAAAAAAAUAUGAAACCUGAAUCGAUGACAUUUGUGAGGUAGGAGCCAGGCUGGUAGGAAGCCAAGGCUGGUAGGAAGCCAAGGCUGGUAGGAAGCCAAGGCUGGUAGGAAGCCAAGGCUGGUAGGAAGCCAAGGCUGGUAGGAAGCCAAGGCUGGUAGGAAGCCAAGGCUGGUAGGAAGCCAAGGCUGGUAGGAAGCCAAGGCUGGUAGGAAGCCAAGGCUGGUAGGAAGCCAAGGCUGGUAGGAAGCCAAGGCUGGUAGGAAGCCAAGGCUGGUAGGAAGCCAAGGCUGGUAGGAAGCCAAGGCUGGUAGGAAGCCAAGGCUGGUAGGAAGCCAAGGCUGGUAGGAAGCCAAGGCUGGUAGGAAGCCAAGGCUGGUAGGAAGCCAAGGCUGGUAGGAAGCCAAGGCUGGUAGGAAGCCAAGGCUGGUAGACUAAAAUAGACUGUCAGAUAAUGCUGCAGGGUGACCAUAGGCAGCCAUCCAUUCUUUACUCUGAUUGAUCCCAAUGUUGGCACUCUCUUUUUCCCCGCCAGUUUUCAUAUGCAGUUAGGAACUGGUGUGAGAUAGGAAGAUGUUUUUUCUUUCAGAAAUUAUGACUUAAUAAUAUUGCUUUGCAGACAACUGAUAAGAUGUAUCCUCCCAAGAAUAUUACUAACACAUAUCUUAUCGGACAACAAUAAUGCAACACAAAAGUAACACUGUAAUGUUGCAGUGCAACAGAAUCUGCCCGAGCUCUGAUACUCCUAAGAUGCUUGUAAGCGUGGGCUUCCAUGAGCUGCAUGCUGUGUUUCAGGCCUCACUCUCAUGCAGUUAGAUGCACUGGUCAGGAAGCCAUUGCAGAGGCCUGUGAUUGGACCCUUUUUUUUCAAUUUUCGCCUAAAAUGACCUGUAGCGCAUGACCUGAAGCAAGGAUAUGCAUAUUCUUGAUACCAUUUGAAUGAAACACGUUGAAGUUUGUGGAAAUGUGAAAUUAAUGUAGGAGAAUAACAUAUUUAGAUCUGGUAGAAGAUAAUAAAAAGAAAAAAAACAUGCAUUUUUGUUCCAUCUUCGAAAUGCAAGAAAGGCCAUAAUGUACUAUUCCAGGUUAGGCACAAUUUAGAUUUGGCCACUAGAUGGCAGCAGUGUAUGUGCAAAGUUUUAGACUGAUUCAAUGAAACAUUUAAUUUCUGUUCAAAAUGUUGUAUCAAGACUGCCCAAAUGUGCCUAAUUGGUUUAUUAAUACAUUUUCAAGUUCAUAACUGUGCACUCUCCUCAAACAAUAGCAUGGUAUUCAUUCAAGAAUUUAAGCUUCCUGCCCAUAUUUGAUAUGUCUACUGUGUGUCCUGGGAAAUCUUCUUGUUACUUACAACCUCAUGCUAAUCACAUUAGAGGGGGUGGAGGGGGGGGGGGCACUGAUCCUGUAGAAGUUAAACACAUUAAAUGUUCCACAUAAUGACCUGCAUUGUCAAACUUGAAGCCAAUUGGGAUGAUUUAUGUUGAAUCCAAAGCACCAAAUUGGCCACAUUCUCUUAAUGGGUGUUCGACUCUAUCAAUAAUUACUUUGUAAAUUGCCCAGAUGAACAAAAAAAAGAGUAUCUUGAAAUGACAGCAUUUUUACCUUACCUGGUGUCACUUAAAUUGCAUAAUAACAGAUUACAAAAAUAUAUGGUGUCUGUUUUGCACAAUUCUUGUAUAUACCUCAUGGGGUUUUGAGUUCAUAAGUGCUGUGUUCUCUACUUUCCUUGACAAGAUAUUUGAUUUGAUAUUUUGGAUGAACAGCAUUGGUUUGUAUUAUGCAUGCUAAAUAAAUCAAUGUUUUUGUUUGAACUUAAGCAGGGAGUGGGACCUGGUUUUCUCUUAGGGGAAAGACUUCAACUAAAUGUAUUUGUUGGGUGCCUCAUGUCAAUUCAUAAUGAAUUACAGGAUUGGCCCCACAAAAGUAUGAAUGUUGCCUUACUUUCAGAUUUUUUAUUUGAUUGUUAAGACCAUGUAUGUGCUCAAUUUUCUUAACCAAAGGUCAUUAGAGGUAGAAAAUAAUGCAUUUCAAGUCCCAAACAUAAUGCCAACUUCACAGGCCCAGAUAAAAUUAAUUUUAAUUGGUAAAUAAUUAACUGCAAAUGUGAUAAAAAACCAUGAAUGGAAUACUUCUGGACUAGAGACGGUAUUCUAGGACUUUUGGAAAAAGUGCAGUUUAGUACUGUAGGCUUAAUCUGGGUCACUAUAAUCAGCCCACAUACUAUUAUUUAUUGGAAUUUCAGAUCACCUGUUUUGUGGUACACCAAGCAUUAAUCAAAAUGUUUUAUCACAACUUCAAACUGAAUAAUGUCUUAGAGGAAAUCAAAUAUAAAGCUAAAUGUUUCAGAUCAUUUUCAGACCUCUGGUUACUUGGCUAGUAUAAUAACUCAAUGGCAAUAUAAAAUUAUCAAGGCUAAAUAAUUGUUGGGUGAUUCAGAAUUUUCAUUUUGAACUUUAAAAUGUUUAUGCUUUACUUUUUUCACUCUGUUUCCCAUAGGCUUUGUGUAUCUGAUUUAUUUUUUACUGUGGGAAAAGAUUAAAUGUGUACAUAGCUUUAUUUUAAAAGGUGAAUGUGUGGAAACAUUAAAAAAAUUUAAGACGCCA